UAACCGGCAUUCGACGCGUUCACUCGCGUCGUAUAUAUAGACCCGGGCAAUAACCUUGAUCAAGUGACCAGCACUUUUGUUUUCGUCAUUGUUUGUUUACGUUGAUUUUGUUUUCCUGAUAGUUUAACAGUUAUAGGGUGCUGUGCGGAUUUUGUAGCAUAGUGCAACGUGGAUGCUAAUAUGACAUAAAUUUUAGUUUGUUUUGAGCAGAUAAUAAACACAUUCUCAGUUAUAAACACAUUCUCUUCAAAUUACGACGUGCGAUAUGGAGAAGGUUCUACGCACUCUACAAAGGACUUUAAUUAAAUAUAAUAAGAGUUCAAAAUGCUCCAUUAUGUGUGUGAGGCAGAAUAGUGUUUGGACUAAUGAUGGAAUAAUUAAAUCACCGUUUAAGGAUAUACAGAUACCUAAUUGUACGGUGUACGACUAUGUAUGGCAAAAUUUGGAAAGAUGGCCCGAACGGACAAUGUCUGUUUGCGCCAUCACAGGUCGAGGCUACACUUACGAACAAGCGUUCAAACUGUCCAAUGCUUUUGCGGCGAAUCUAAGGAAAAAAUUGAAAAUCAGAAAUGGGGACACCGUUGCCAUUAUGUUACCCAAUGUGCCCGACUACCCCCUCGUCGCUCUGGGCAUCUUGGAAGCGGGAGGUGUCAUCACUACCAUAAACCCGAUUUAUACGGCAAAUGAAGUCCACCGCUUGCUGCUAAUGUCCGAAGCUAGAGCUAUAGUAACAUUGCCAGAACUGGUAGGAGUUAUAAAAAAUGCUUUUAAACUGGCCAACACUGAAAUACCUCUCGUCGUUGUUAAGACGAAUGGUGAAUCAACCCCCGAGGGUACUAUGGCGUUUAAUGAUCUCAGUGAAGAUGUUCAUGUGGAUAAAUCUUGUUUGAAGGAAGUUAGAAGGUCGCCGAAUGAUAUUUGCUUUCUGCCAUAUUCAAGCGGUACGACAGGACUACCGAAAGGCGUUGAAUUGACUAGUAAGAACAUAACAGCUAAUUGCGAACAAAUUAACGAGCCGAAAAUACAAUUAUACAACGAAACUACAGCUACACACCAAGAUUCGGUUAUGUCGGUGCUACCGUUCUUCCAUAUUUAUGCAGCUACAGUGUUGAUGUUUCACAAAAUGUCGCAUGGUAUAAAAUUGGUGACGUUGCCGAAAAUGAAUCCAGACCACUUCAUGAAUGCGCUGGAGAAAUAUAAAACAAAUCUUGUGUUUGUUGCACCGCCUCUAGUACAACUCAUGGCAACUCACCCAGCCGCGUCUCCAAAAACGUAUCGUCACUUGCAAAUGGUGAUAAACGGUGCAGCACCAAUGGCGUCUACUGAUGCUGAACGGUUCUUGAAUAAAGUUCAGCGCAAAAUUCGAUUCAACCAAGGCUACGGUUUGACCGAAACAUCUCCCGUAGUAUGCGUGGCUCCAAUAGACUCGGAUGACUACAGCGCUGUUGGCCCUCCCGUGCCCAGCACUCAGCUGAAAAUAGUCGGUGGUGAUAUGGAGCCUUUAGGACCUAAUCAGACUGGUGAACUACUAGUCCGAGGACCUCAAGUGAUGAAGGGAUACAGGAACAACCCCGAAGCCAAUUCUGAGGCGUUUGCUGACGGUUGGUUCCUCACUGGAGACAUGGCAGUCGCUGAUGAAAAUGGGGUUGUUAAAAUUGUUGAUCGAAUCAAGGAACUUAUAAAGGUAAAAGGAUUCCAAGUGCCGCCAGCAGAAUUAGAAGCAGUCUUACGAGAUCACCCAUCCGUCAAAGAUGCAGCAGUUAUUGGAGUUCCUCAUCCCACCAAAGGAGAAUCUCCCAGAGCAUUCGUAGUUCCGAAAGAAGGAGCUAAAUCUGAUAUUAAAGAUAUAAGCGAUUUCGUUAAUGAAAAAGUUGCUUCGUUUAAACGUAUAGAUGACAUUAUGUUUGUUGAUUGUAUCCCGAAGUCUGCGGCGGGGAAGAUACUUAAGAAGGAGUUGAAGGCGAAAUAUUGUUAGGUUGUGUACAAUUGUUUGUUUUUGGGUAAUGCUGACAAAUGUUUGAUUUUUGGGUACGGAUGUUGGAUGGGAUAGGGUCAUCAUGAAUGUCAUUAAGUGUUUUGUUAUUAGAGACACGGGAAGACAAAAGAGAGAAAUUUGGCUUAAAUGGAAUUUAAAAUAGAUUGGCUAGUUGGUCAGGUGCGUGUUGGAAAAUUUUAUUUAUGUAAACUCAAACCAUUUGGCCCUGGCACAUUUACCAUAGCAAUGUUUCCUUUUGUUUGUUCUAAUUGUUUUACGUUUAUUGUAUAUUCGUCUCGUCUCGAACCGAGGAAAUUUUCAUUGAUUUCAGAAGACACGAUUUCUGAGCCAUGGGUGUAUGGUAUAUAUAAUCUUAAUAUAUAUAAAUUACGUGUCACGUUGUUUGUCCGCGAUGGACACCAAAACUACUCGACCGUUUUUAAUCAAAUUGGCACACCAUGUGCAGUUUGAUCC